CGGCAGAUAGAGACGACACCGUGGAAGGAAAACUCUUCUUUCGCAGGAAAAUCUUAUAUCCGGAAUAUAUAUCAAGUAUACGCAGUGAUGUCGUCGCGCCGCGUGUUAUGAGAGAUAUAUCUUUACUCGAAACUAACACCGCGUUGUGUUUAUUGUGAUAAUUACAAAGUUCUUUCAAAGCGGAAACAUGCUGUUCGAUCGAUAUGUCAUAUCAGGCUCCAGUGGCGACGACUUCGAUCCGAGUGCUAGUGCCGUACGUCACCAUCAUCACCUGGAACAUCAUCAUCACCAUCAUCAUCUCGAUCUCAGUGCCAGGACUCAGGCCUUUGCUGGUUUACCCUUGGACCAGUCUCUCGAGGAAAGAUCUCCCGCCAGGGAGGAGCACCACCAGCACCACCAGCACCACCACCGUCAGCAUCAAUUGCAGCAGCCACCCACGUUGCCCUUGGAUUCAACGGCAACUGCCAUUGCCGGCGAGUCCGGUAUGGAGCACUUCUUCAAGGACCCCGCCCAGGCGGAGCAGAUCCUGCAGGAGUGGGCCAGGCGCAGGGAACCCAUCAGUGAUCUGGAUAUCCGCGAAAGUGGUGUCUAUGCCAAGACCUCCUUGCAAAGGGGCACCCGAUACGGUCCUUUUCCCGUAAAGCUCUGCCAUCAACCCAAUGAUGCCCAGCUGGCUUGGAAGGCCCAUGCCGAGCACUUCAAUGGCUGGCUAGAGCCCACAUCCGAUGUCUCCGCUUGGCUAAAGAAAAUUCGCGUCAUCGAGGACAGCGAUAUUAUAGGCAAGGCCAAUCUGGAGAGUUUCAUUAAUGGCGGUUGUCUCUAUUACGAAACGAAUCGCUAUGUGAGUGCCGGCAGCGAAAUGAUUGUGGAUGGUCGACCCAAGAGUCCCGUGCAGAUCAACGAGAGCUUCAUUUCCGGCGGCGGUGUCCUGGUCGCAGCUGCAGCAGCCGCAGCCGCAGUGGCCGCCGCCACAUCCUCCUCGUCGGGAUCGGGAUCGGGAUCGGGUUCGGGCGGAAAGAGCGGAAAGGGGUCAUCGGUGCCCAGCGAUGAUCGCAGUGAUCGUGAUAAUGGUGAUAUUGAUUUCACAGACGACGAAAACGGUUUCGACAUACGCUGUGAGGUCUGUGAUAAAGUCUAUCCGGAUUUAGAACUGUUGGAUGGUCAUCUGGUGGUUGCCCAUCACUUCAAGCAGGACGAUUACUCCUGCAAACUCUGUCCGCAACGAUUCUGCCAUCGUCCUUUGCUCAUAAAACACGAAGCGAUCUCCCACAAUAAUAUAAGGAAAUAUUCCUGCGAAAAUUGCAGCAAGGUUUUCUGUGACCCCUCGAAUCUACAGCGUCAUAUUCGCGCCUACCACGUCGGCGCUCGGUGUCACCCUUGUCCGGAGUGCGGAAAGACUUUUGGUACCUCGUCGGGAUUGAAGCAGCACCAGCACAUCCACAGCAGCGUCAAACCCUUCGCCUGCGAGGUGUGCUCCAAGGCGUAUACGCAAUUCUCGAACCUGUGCCGCCACAAGCGGAUGCAUGCCACCUGUCGCAUGCAGAUCAAGUGCGACAAGUGCAACCAGAGCUUCAGCACCAUCACCUCGCUGACCAAGCACAAAAAGUUCUGUGAUUCGACGGGCUCGUACCGCCAGCAGCAGCAUCAGCAGCAGCAUCAGCAAUCGCCGCUGAGUCGCCACCAUCCGCAUCCGCAUCCGUAUCAGCCGCAUCCGCAUCCGCAGCAUCCUCACCAGCAUCCGGCAGCCGCCACAGCCACAUCCGGUUCUGCAGUGCCAGCGGGAGGAGAGUCCACGGGAGGGAGUGCCACCUCGUCGUCGUCGUCCGCCACCGCUGCCGUUGUUGCCGCCAUGUCAACGCCCCCCAAUCCCUUCCUGAUGUUCCGCACGGGAGCACCGUUCUUCCCCGGCUUCCCGCCCUACGGCCUGCCGGGCAUCUUCCCGCAGAGUCCCCUGAGAGCCGCCAAUUUCCCGCUUUUCUUCCCCAAUCCCCCCAUGGAUAUGGGCUGUGGCAUGCCUGGCAUGACCUCGCCGAAUUCCGCCUUCCGGCAGCAGUUGCCCUUCGGCAUGGCACCCAUGGAGGGACAGGGAGGAGGAGGAGGUGGCGGUUCACCGCCACACCAAACGGAUGCCCAGGUUAAGGCCGAGGAGGAGGAGGAGGAGCACAAAUUGUCGGUCAAGUCGGAGGACAAGCUCAAGAGAGAACGCCUCCUGAAUGUAUCCGAAGGCGACGAUGAGGAGGAGGAGGAGGAGCAGGAGGAGGAGCAGGAGGAGGCUGAGAGUCGUCACAGCAACCUAGAAAUGAUAAUCAAGUCGGAGGAGGAGAAGGAGGCCAAGGUCAAGAAGGAGGAGAAGGAGGUCAAGGUCAAGAAGGAGGAGAAAAGCGAAAAUCAAGACGAGAUAGAGUCAGAACCGGAGAGACUUGACAGUCCCGAUCAGCAGCAGGUGGAAGAUGAUAGGAAAUCCAUUGAUAUUGUGAGCACACCACCGCCCACGGAUACUCCUACCGCAGCCGGAGGCGGAGGAGGCGAUGCCCCUUUGGAUCUCUCCAUUUGCCGCAAACGCUUGUCCGGUUCUUCCUUCUUUCCUGCCCAACCCGGAAGUCCUAACCUGCUCUCCUCCAACCUCAUGCGUUUCCUGCCCUCCACCAGGACCGAGGAGGAUGAGACCGAUGGCGAACCGCCGCUCAAGAUGCGCAAGUCCCACAGUUCCGGCGAGUCUUCGACAUCGCAAAAGUCCUACAAGGGCAGUAGUCCCACGCCCACAGCCUCGCCGGGCCCAACACCCUCACCCUCCCCGCCCACCAGUGCCGGUGGCGAGCUGAGCAGCAUGUCCGAGGGAGCGGGAGUGGGUUCGGGGGCAGGAUCAGGUUCCGGAUCUGGAUCUGGUCUGGCUGCCGCAGCGGCAGCAGCAGCAGCAGCCGCGGCCGCCGGAGCCGCUGAGGCCGCUCUGGCGGCCCAUUAUAACCGCCAGAAUCAACCCCUGCAUCCGAUGAUGCUGGAGGAGAUUUAUCGCAGUCGGUUUUCUUUUUUAUGCCCAGCGGGCGGACGGCCCGGCAUUGAGGCUUUGCUGGCGGGAGCCGCCGCCGGCGCUGCCUCAAAGCGGCCGCUUCCGCCCGUUAAAUUCGGCACAGGGGCAACGGGCGCCUCCUUGGGGCAUCCCCUGAAGACCAAGGAUCGUUAUACGUGCAAGUUUUGCGGCAAGGUGUUCCCUCGCUCCGCAAAUCUCACGCGGCACCUGAGGACGCACACCGGGGAGCAGCCGUAUCCGUGCAAAUACUGCGAUCGGGCCUUCAGCAUCUCCUCCAAUCUGCAGCGCCAUGUGAGGAAUAUCCACAACAAGGAGCGACCCUUCCGGUGCGAGCUCUGCGAUCGAUCCUUUGGCCAGCAGACGAAUCUCGAUCGGCAUGUGAAGAAGCACGAGGCGGAGGGCAGCAACUUCCGGGAUUCGCCCAGUUCCGCCUCGGGUGUGGCCGAGCGGGAGGAGUAUUUCGAUGAGAUCAGGACCUUCAUGAACAGGGUCUACACACCGAAUAGCCUGGCGGGUAAUGAGGGGGACACCGAGGAGGAUGAUCAAUCCUCUGUGAUCCUGGAGAAGUCACACCUCAACCACAAUAACAACAACAACAAUAGCAGUCACAUUAGCAACAAUAAUCCCAAGUUGCUAUAUUCGUGAGCUUGAAACAGAAGAAUUUGAGGGAAAUCUUUAGGGAAAUUUUGAAGAGAAACUCAAAGAAGUCCUUGAAGAAAAGCAUGAGGAAAAACUUACUUUAACUCUUACUUAAGCGUGCCUCCGAGAGGGAAACCUAUCUCUAAGUAGUUACCAUUUUCCACUAAAAAACUAAAACCACUAAACAUUAGCUAUGCAAUCAAUGGAAAAAGACGGUGAAGCAUCAAAACAUAAACUAUAUAAAAACACACACACACCAAGCUCUAUAAACUAUAUACUUAAAAUAUAUAUACAUAUAAUAUACUUAAACCACCUUAACUGUGUAGCUAAUUAAAAAAAUAUAUAAUAAAACAUUUGUACAUAGACA